AUGCCGAAAUAUUUUGUCCGUCUUCUAGCUCUUGCUCUUGUUCUGGUGACUGGAAACGUAGGAUUCUUGAUAUUCGAUGUGGUUGAUGAAUAUGGAAGAGAUGAUUUUCCCGCUGAAUUCGUUUUUGGUUCCGGAACUUCCGUUUAUCAGGUUGAAGGAGCAGCGCUGGAAGAUGGAAGGAGUUUCAGCAUUUGGGACGCCUACGCUCAUUCAGGCUUCUGCGAUGGAGCAAAUGGAGACAUAGCAUGUGAUGGGUACCAUAAAUACAAGGAAGACAUUGAACUUAUGGUAGAGACAGGUUUGGAAGCAUAUAGAUUUUCCAUCUCUUGGUCCAGACUCAUCCCAAACGGAAGGGAUCCGUGA